AUGGAAGUCGGCUCACGUGUAGUCCGUGGUCCGGACUGGAUGUGGGGAGACCAGGAUGGAGGAGAAGGAAAUGUUGGAACCGUGGUACAACAUGGUCAAGAUAGAAACCUUCCCGAUGGAACUGUUUUAGUUGUUUGGGAUUCUGGAAGACAGGCUAAUUACCGCGCUGGACAUUCGGAAAAGUUUGAUCUUCGGAUUUUGGACUGUGCUCAAGCAGGCAAGUAAAUUAUUCACUUUCGAUUUGGUCACAAAUUUUUCCCUUUAGAACAAGAGUGUUCCAAUCUGUUUCAGGCCACUUUCAAUUUUGACCUACGAAGACGAGUAAAUAUGUUUACGUUGUUACACCACUCUUUUAUCACUGAAUCUUUCACCCGAAUUUGUCGGUGCCAAUUUGGAUUUCUCUAUUUCUUCCCAACAACGUAACGAUAAAAAACCUAAAUUACGUCUGCAAAACUCAAAGAUUUUGGAUUCUAAACGGAAUUUGCAUAUUGACGAAGCUGGUGAUUAGCUGGUCGACACGGGUUGAUGAAAUCCACCGUCAAGUAGCUACAACUGUUUUCUUAGUUGUAAUGUAAGGUUCUCGCUGCCCUUGUGAGCUCGAAAUUAGUACUAAUGAUGAACAUAUAUAUCUGAUCCCAUUUUAAAUCAGUCUCCGUCAUCGAAGUCAAGUUCAUGCAGCAUAUAUGUUUUUGAAGUCAUGUAAACCAUGCCGUUUGUUGAUCGUUUUUGUCAAAGUGUUGAUAAGGAAUUGCCUGAGUUUAGUAACACCCUUUCGAUAUGCAACUAUAUCAGAACACGCUUGCAGAGGUUAUGGUUGAAGACACAAAUUAUACUGUACUUUAAUACUGUCAAGAUAUUUCUGAGUAAGCGUCUUUUUAUACCUUUGUGGGGACGACAACACUGAAGGCGGAAGUACACAUCCGGGAUUCAGCGACUUGGUGAUGUUUACAGUCAUAAGAAAAAAAUUCAGGGAUCAACAAGAAUACGCAUUUUUCUGAUCAUUUAUUUCUUACCCAUAUAAAUUUACAAUUUUUUUUCUAAAGCAUUUUCUCUUUUUUGGCUUUUCCUCAUAUUAUUUGAUCCUUAAUUUUGUGAUUAAUGGGACUUGUGUAGGACAGAUUGAUUAUAUUAUUUUCACAAUUUAUGUGGCAUUUUAUGAAAGAGUAAGAUAAAAGUAAGACUGUGUAUAAGGCACACAUGUACCCUAUGCCUAGGAAGUAACUAUUCUGAAAUGCUGUCUCGAUGCUGCUGUAGGUGUGAAGCACACUUUUGUCAAAUGUGA